AUGGUCCAGUUCUCCGCAAUUUUUGGUAUGGUGGCGCUCGCUUCGGCAUUUGUCGCGGACCCCGUUGUUGCCGUUGAUAAGCCGCUUCCUUGGGACGGCCGCGGAUACGACCUGACCGUCGAGACCGUGUCUGAGAAGUAUCUGACGCACAUCCUCACAAUGCGUAACAACGGCACGGACGGCAAGGUCUCGGACUACGUUUCAAUCGAGAAGGGAGGCCGCUUGCCCGCCUACAACGGCGACACAGGCAUCAUUAACAUCGGCGUGGAUUCGAAGGCCAUUUUCAAAACCCAGACUAACUUCCGACGCUCCGAGCUCGUCCAGAAUGUCGCCGCCAACACCAAGGGUACCACAUUCUUCCGCACCAGCGUCAUGAAGGAGGAUGACUUCCUCAACCCGUACGCGUGGCAAAUGAUCUUCCCAGAGUCUCACAUCUUCGAGAUCCGUGUGGAUGCCACCUCCAGCCCUGCCAAGAUCAUCUACCUCAACAACGGCACCUAUGAUGCCAAGUGGGAGACUGAAUUCGUGCCUGGAACGUGGUACAACUUCGGUAUCGGUAUUUCGCCCGCCGCAUCGGGCAAAGGAUCCGUGCUGGAAUUCUACACGAGUGAGGGCAACAAGAAGCUGGUUCGUAAGGCCAAGCACGAAUACGCCACGGAGUUGCCCACGAACUACGAAUUCCACAUUGGCCUCCUGACACUGACGGACGACGGCAGCGCACCGAAGAUGAACGCGAAGCAGGACAUCGUGUCGUACAACGGCGUGUCUGUGGACGCAAAGGUGUCGAAGUAA